AUGCAAUAUGAUGGUGAUAUCAUGGAUCACAAGAAAACUAUCAAUGCAAAUAGCACAAAGCAUUAUCUACAUCGAAAAUGCCAAGGAUCUAUAAGCAGAACCCACUUUUUAAAUUCUGUGUAUAGAGUACUACUUAACCUUGAUGCUUCAAGCGUCCACAGUUUCACCCUUUCUCUUACAAAGAAUUACCAUUCUUACCAUAUUAAUCAGUGGAUAUCAGCUAUUUUAAACCGGGGAGUCAAAGAGCUUUUAAUUGAAUCAAACAAAAACCUCGACAUUUCCUCAUAUUCCCAUUGGAAAUCCCAGUCCUUGGAGAAAUUGGUGCUGAAUAUGAAUGGUUGUGCUAUUGGAGUUCCCAGCUUUGUUUGUCUUUCAACUCUCACUGUCCUCAAGUUGACCAGAAUCACGUUUACUUGCCAACCUUCUAAUGACCCCAAAAAUCUGAUCAUCAAGUUGCCAGUUCUUAGAGAAUAUGAGGCAGAAAAUUGCAGUUGGUUAAAUGUAAAGGAUAUCACUUUUGAAGUGCCUCUACUUGAAGUGCUUUCAAUAACUCCUGCAUAUGAAUCUGUUGACUCACACACUAUAAUGAAGUUUUGUGCCCCGCGUCUUACAAAAUUCUCUUAUAGUGGUUAUGUUUCACCAAUAUCAGACACAAUUUUGUUAGACAUAGACCUAUCUAGAGCACGUAUUGCCUCUGCUAAUAUUUAUCCACGGGAGUAUCUACAGGAGAGUGAGGAAAAUGCCGCGUUUUUAACUUCUCAGCUUCUGAAACAAUUCAAUAAUAAUGUGAAAUGUCUGAAGUUUGAGCGGUCCAAGGUUCUUGCACUAGUACAAGAUGAUCUUCCUGAUUUGGAAUGUUGA